CUGGCUCGCUGAGAAGGCGGAAGCCGCGGCUGGGGCUGAGGCUCCGGCCGUCGGCGGACGGAGCGGCCCCGACCCUCGAGCCUGGAGUUCGGCGUCGGAACAACCCGGUCUCGGAUCGCCGCGUGUGUCGGCGGCCCGGGGAAGCCAUCCCGGUAGGCUGUGGCGUCUCGGCGUGCGCGAGCGCCCACAGAAGCCAGAAGGUGUCAGAUCUCCUGGAGCUGGAACUAUAGGCUAUUGUAAGCCUUCUGACAUGGAUCCUGGGACCAAACUUGGGUCUUCUGGAAGAACUGCGUGUGUUCUUAACCGCCAAGCCAUCUCUGCAGCUACCAAGGAGGGAUCUUGAGCAGAUCGACUGAUAACGAAGCUACUAUGAGUCUGUUAAACUGUGAAAACAGCUGUGGGUCCAGCCAGUCCUCAAGUGACUGCUGUGCUGCCAUGGCCACUUCCUGCAGUUCUGCAAUGAAAGAAGACAGUGUGAGUGUAUCUGCCUCCACGGGGAACCUCUCCAGCUCCUUCAUGGAAGAGAUCCAAGGAUAUGAUGUAGAGUUUGACCCACCUUUGGAAAGCAAGUAUGAGUGCCCUAUCUGCUUAAUGGCGUUACGGGAAGCAGUGCAAACACCAUGUGGCCACAGGUUCUGCAAAGCCUGCAUCAUCAAAUCCAUCAGGGAUGCAGGUCACAAGUGCCCAGUUGACAAUGAAAUACUGCUGGAAAAUCAACUGUUUCCUGACAAUUUUGCAAAGCGAGAGAUUCUUUCCCUGACAGUAAAGUGCCCAAAUAAAGGCUGUUUGCAAAAGAUGGAACUGAGACAUCUCGAGGAUCAUCAAGUACAUUGUGAAUUUGCUCUGAUGAAUUGUCCUCAAUGCCAACGUCCUUUCCAAAAGUGCCAGUUUAAUACACACAUUAUUGAGGAUUGCCCCAGGAGACAGGUUGCUUGUGUAAACUGUGCUGUGACCAUGCCAUAUGAAGAUAAAGAGAUCCAUGAUCAGAGCUGUCCUUUGGCAAAUAUCAUCUGUGAAUACUGUGGUACAAUCCUCAUCAGAGAGCAGAUGCCUAAUCAUUAUGAUCUAGACUGCCCAACUGCUCCAAUCCCUUGCACAUUCAGUGUUUUUGGCUGUCAUGAAAAGAUGCAGAGGAAUCACUUGGCACGACACCUGCAAGAGAAUACCCAGUUGCACAUGAGACUGUUGGCCCAGGCUGUUCACAACGUAAACCUCACUCUGCGUCCGUGUGAUGCUUCCUCUCCGUCCCGGGGUUAUCGUUCAGAGGACCCAAAUUAUGAGGAGACUGUCAAACAAUUGGAGGGCCGCCUAGUAAGACAGGACCAUCAAAUCCGGGAGCUGACAGCCAAAAUGGAAACUCAGAGUAUGUAUGUAAGCGAGCUCAAACGAACCAUUCGAACCCUUGAGGACAGAGUUGCUGAAAUGGAAGCACAGCAGUGUAAUGGGAUUUACAUUUGGAAGAUUGGCAACUUUGGGAUGCACUUGAAAUCCCAAGAAGAGGAAAAACCUGUUGUCAUUCAUAGCCCUGGAUUCUACACAGGCAGACCUGGGUACAAGCUCUGCAUGCGCCUGCAUCUUCAGUUACCAACGGCUCAGCGCUGCGCAAACUACAUAUCCCUUUUUGUCCACACAAUGCAAGGAGACUACGACAGCCAUCUCCCCUGGCCCUUCCAGGGUACAAUACGCCUUACAAUUCUUGAUCAGUCUGAAGCAGUAAUAAGGCAAAACCAUGAAGAGGUCAUGGAUGCUAAACCAGAGCUGCUUGCCUUUCAGCGACCCACAAUCCCACGGAACCCCAAAGGUUUUGGCUACGUAACAUUUAUGCACCUGGAAGCCUUAAGACAGGGAACCUUUGUUAAGGAUGAUACAUUAUUAGUGCGCUGCGAAGUCUCUACGCGCUUUGACAUGGGUGGCCUUCGGAAGGAGGGUUUCCAGCCACGAAGCACUGAUGCAGGGGUGUAGCAUCCAUUUGCUUGUGUUAAAAAACUAGGAACCAUGGAGAAAUGGUGUCCUCCUUGCACGAUUCCAAACAAGCAGUGGGAAAGGUGUAGCAUCUAGCAGCACAUGUCUUAUUGAGGUCACUUUCCACUUCUUACUGUCACAAAUAUCUGAGGUAGUUUUCAUGGGACUCUACACGUUCCCGGUGUCUUCAAAAACUUAACAUUUGAAGAGCCUGUUGCUCGUGUGUUUGUCAGGGCACCUCUUUACUCUAUUUUCAUGGGCUUUUUUUGUCCAUAUACUUUACUGUAAAAAGGCCAGAGUUAGUGUGUUGAAGCUCAAUCAUUUAAUGAUCCUAGGUGCCUUAAAAAUUUGAGACUGUUUUUAGGACAUGUGUGCAGCAUAGUAAAUGAGAGAAUCACUACUGCCUUUGCUGAUGCCAGGGAGACAGUUACUGCUCUGGUGUGGAGUUCUCAUUUUUAUGAUUCCUGUGAAUUUCAGAAGCUCUGAACCGCGAUCCCUGGAAAGCUUAAGUUCUCAUGUCCUCCCUUUCCCAUUGUUCACUAAGGAUCCAGGGACUGGUUUAACCCUUACUUAUUUAGUCUGUUGAGCACCAAGUGUUUCUCCCCCGCUUGCAUAUUUUGAGGCUCCAGGCAGCAGCUUCAGUUUGUAAUGCUGUGUUAAUGUGGUUGCCAACUGUUAAACGUUAUUGCCAUGUAACCUUUCUUGACUGUUCGUUGAAGCUUGGUUUCUCACCCUGUGCAUAUCUUCUGUUGCUUGCAAACACAAAAUCACCAGCACAAACAUUAAAAGUAAUUCAGUUCAUCAGCCAUUAAACUGCAUUUCAUGAAUGACAACAGAAACUCUUAGAGCCAGGAAACUUCAGCCCUCUUAUGUACCUUUUGAUUUAGCUUAGCUAAUUGAAAUACAGUUGAUUUCCUCAAGGGGCUAGAGAAAUGGCUCAGUGGUAAGAGCACUGGCUGUUCAUCCAAAGGACCCUGGUUCAAUUCCCAGCACCUACAUGGCAGUUCACAAGUGACUGUAACUCCAGUUCCAGGGGAUCUGACACCCUCACACAGACAUACAUGCAAGCAAAACACCAAUGCACAUAAAAUAAAAAUAAAUAAGUAGAUAAAAAUUGAUUUCCUAGUCCAGCUCAGUGCAUUGAUAAGCCUGUUCUGUGGACUGUAUUGGCAUGGCCAGGUGUUCCUAAUAUGGAGAGGUGAUUGUUGUGCUGCUGUGUAUUUGUUAAUGGCCUGUUCAUACAUGACACUGUGGAAUCCAGUUCUCAGGAAGCCUGAUUAGAGCCUUUAUAAGGAACCAAUGGGAAUCUGUCUACUGCUGUUUACACAAGAUUAAGUUUUAUGGCAAUUAGGAAAAAAAGGCAUUUUUAUCUCCAGUUGAAUCAGAGCCCCUGACCAGUGCUCAGAUCUGCUGUGCUUUCCAGAAGACGCUGAGAGACCUUGACUGACGGGUCUGGUUUUCAGUUGUAGCCUGUCCCCUGCCAUUGUCACUUCUUUUCGUUUUUCUCUUUGCUUCCAUUUCACCCAUAAAGGUAAAGUAACGAUCCUGUCGCUCACUAUUAGCACAAGUUCAUCACCGGUCAUCAGUUGGGUUUCCUGGUACCAUGUGUCCCUUAGCUGUGCUUCUAGCAGACCUGAGAUGCUUGCAGUACCUCCUACCUAGGGAAACCUGCAUGGCCCCUUCUCCUGUACUUGUUUCCCAGUGAGUACAUAAAUACAGGGUUUUCUGAAAGUAAGCAGUAGUUAUUUUUGUAUUUAUUUAGAAAAUGCCUGAAGAAGAUUUACACAGCUAUUUGAGGACUUAUUUUCUUUAUGCAUUCUUAAUUUUUUAAUAUGUUCUAUAAUAAGCAUUUUAUCAGGAGAAAGUCAAGUGUCACCACAAAAUAUCAGCUCCCCUCCCCCUUCGCGUUGAAAAAGGAAAUGAUAUUUCAAAACUUCCUGAUCAGGUUUCUAUUUAAAAGAUGUCUGUAUUAGGUAGUAAGAAGAGUUAUUUCAUGCCUUGGUUUUGAUUUUUUUUUUUUAACUCCAGCAUCUUUAGUUUUUUUGCCUAAGUUAAACUUUUCCCACCUUGCAGUUGUUCCUUCUGUAAAGCAAGUUGGACUAGCUAUUUCUAGCAUCUGUGUUGAGCAGUUCAGUGCUAGCAGCAGAACACUGACAGUGCUCACGAAAAGGCUUCCCCUGUUGGAAACUGGUGUGGCUGCCCCUGCUACUCACACAAAGGCUUUACUUCAGUUCAUGUCCGUCAGCAAAAGUGCAUCUGACUUCCAGCAUUUGGUGUCUGUAAGAAGCCAACCAGUUAUUUCAUGAUACUUAGUCGCCGUAAAUUCAGAGUAAAAAUAAGCUGACAUUCAAAGCCAACUCACGGUUGAGUCUUACCCUAGAAAGCUGAUUUCUUUAUACACACUUCUUAACCACCUCCCUCCUGCACAUUCUGUCUGUGAGAACCUAUACAAUCUAGAGUGUAUUGGCCACCUUUUCUUACCAAACUAGAACAUUGCUAUUUUUAAAAUUGUUUCGUUUUAGAAAAAAAAUUUCAACUUUCUAUUGGAGAUUUUUCUCCAAGUAAAAUAUUUUCUUAGUAGAAAUCAGACCAGAUUACGGUUGUAGUUUGGUUAUUGGUUACUGUCCAUUGGCUGUUACCAUUUCUAGCCAUUCAGCUUUCUUUCAGAGAAUGAAGAGGAGGGAAAAGUGAACUAGAAUGAAAGAAGUGCUUUUUCACCCUAAUAAAAUCUAACUGACAGGGGUUGGGUAUUCCCUAAUAGUUAAAUUCUGUGACUGUGUAAAGUUUAAUUCAUACCAGGAUCAAGCAAAGUUAAGACUAACUUGUGAAUUAUGCCUGCAAUUAGAAUAUCUUCUCUUUACAGAGAAGUUGCUUGUUAUUGCUUUAUCUAGAGUUUCUUUAAUUCUCCUGUGACCAGAACAUGUUUUAAUUACUAGAGAGGUUACUAACUUAAGACUUUGAAGUGCCUCUCUCUCUCUUAUUAACCCUCUUCUGAGUUGCCUCAAAUUCUCUCCAUUGUCUUCACAUAAAAUGCCAUUACAAUUUUUUUGGGAUGUUUGAUGAUUAGUUUCCCUGGUGCCUUAAGGGAAUAAAUAGGGCACAGUCAACAGUCAUCUGAUUAUCUGUUGAAAUACUAACAUGUCAGCCUUCUCUGGAUAGCUCUCAUUUGCUUCAUAAUGUAUGUGAUUAUCUGUGGAAUGCCUUGGUGCUUCCCGAUUCCCAGAAUCCAGAAACAUGGAGCCAAAUGUGAUCAACCUGAGCAAGUUCACACUGGGUCACAAGCCUGGAAGUGACUAGAAAGGGAUUAACCUAGUUAUUUCUCUGAGUGCCCUAUGUGUCCUUGAAGCUCAACCCCCACCCCUACCCAGAAAGUUCAGGUUAAUAAAAAAAUACAACAUGAAAACAAUUUUAGUUGAAAAUGUUGUAGAAUGUGGAGAGGUGGCUCCUUUUCCUGCCCUAUGUCUCAGCAAAACUAGCCCUGCCUGGCAGAGAAAGAAAGGGUGGCCCACUGGACACUUACCACCUGGAAUGUAACUCAGUCUGUCUCCUGAAACCCCAUUCCCUUCAGCAGGGGCCCCAGGAGAGGGCAGGGCUCCCGUUCUGGUCACUGCUGAAUCCCCUCUUAGAAUGCUGUGUUUGGGCCUGGCCAAUAGUAACAACACUUACUGAAAGGCAGCAUGGAAGCUGACUGGGUUCUGGGUAGCCUACCUGUCAUGUAAGUCACUUGGUAAAGUGAAUGUUCUUUUUUCCCCUCUUCCCCCAGGACUUUAUUAUGGCAGUCUCAUAGAUGGAGAUAUACUUAAAACCUAGCAAACAUCUGCUACCUAGGAUCUGCAAUAACAUUUUGUUAGGUUUGCUCUGUGAUGUAAUAAUGUAACUUGUAGUUUUUCUUUAAGACUGUUUAGUCCUGAACUAAUUAAACAACGUGUAGUUGUCAAAUUCUCCUUGGAAACUUACGUUAUUGUAACCACCACUUUAUGCCAUCUUGAAAUUUGUGUGAAUGUUAUAUGGAAUUUUAAUCUUAUUACUUUGUCUGCAGGAGUAUUUUUCAUAAAGGAUUUAUUUGGAAGUUUCUGGUUAUACAUAAUUUUUUCUUAAGAUUUUAUUAUAUAUAUAUACACAGUAUUCUGCCCGCUUGUGUGCCUGCAUGCCAGCAGAGGGCACCAGAUCUCACUAUAGAUGGUUGUGAGCCACCAUGUGGUUGCUGGGAAUUGAACUCAGGACCUCUGGAAGAGCAGACAGUGCUCUUAACCUCUGAGCCAUCUCUCCAGCCCUAUACAGAAUUUUCUAAUGUUAUUUCCUUACUUGAUUUAAUUCCAUGGGUAAGAGUAUAAUUUGGGGUGCAUUUUGCUAAUAUAUAUGAUUUCAGGAUUAUGUUCCCUGGGGACUAAAGAUGAGUGAUUUGGCAUAUAAAUGCUAUGCUAAAUUUGGAGUCAGAAGAUAGAUUGCUGUGAAGGUCUCUGUGGCCUCUAUGGCCAGCAGAAUGAUGAUCCUCAGGAUGCAAAAAGGGAGUUCAGUUCAACAUAACAAAGGGGUUAUUGAGUCAAACUUUGGGAGUCUGACACCUAGUGAUUUGGUUUUAGCAUAUAUAAGCACAGCACAAUUUGGUGAAACCUUUUCUGGUGAUAACUCAAGCCUGUGUAUACAAUAUAGCAUACGUAAAUCUCUUUGAGGAGCAAAGUGAGCUAAAUAAAGAUUGGACAUGGCCACAUCCAAACUUUAUAAAUUACAUGUGACACCUGCCCUGAUAGUUUCUAUAGACUGACUGAAAAAAAAAAAUAGCUUUUGAUAAGGGUCUACAGGAGGGCCACAUGUGAUCUCCUACCUCACAGAUUGCACAAAGGUCCCCAAGCUAGGGGGCUUGUCUGUUCCCAGCCUUCUGGGUGGAUAAGAGAUUACGAAUUCCUUCCCUUGAAGGAACAGCCCCAUGUGCUAGCAUUCCAGGUUCCCCUAAUGCUAAUCUGUGAGGCCAAGGACCUCCAUGCCUCCUGCAGAUCUUGCUGCUGACUGGCCACAUAGGUUUUAUUUGUGAUAGUUUUAUCUACCUGCAAGAUGGGAACUAAAAUUUCAAAUUUAUAUAUUAUAAAGUGGGUAAUAUUAAUGCUUAGGUCUAUUUCUGAAGGUAUUUUAUAGACUUAAGGAGACUGCUUAUAGUUUUGUAACUAUGAAAAACUGUAGGAGGAAAUCUGACUUUAUAAAUUAAACUGCAGUGGUCAGAUGGUCACAAGCCUACUGUGCUCAGAAUUCUGGUGUGGAAUUGCUAGGUUGUCUUUCUAAUGCUCUGGACUCGGAGAAUAUGCACGGUGUGGGGGGAGGUGUAAAGAUGAGGUGUGGGUGGUAACAAUCUUGGGUUUCGGUUGAGCAGGUUUGUUUAGAGAUGAAUUGAAAUCAUUGUCCAGGUCAGUGCCCCACGCUCAGCACACAAGCCACGUGAUGCUGUGCAGAGCAAGCCCUGCUUGGUCCCUACCUGCUGCCUUGCCCCACCUGGUCUCCCUCAAGCCAGUACAGCUAACUGCAGAACUGACCAAGAGGGAAGGGGUGAGGUUACUGUGCUGUGCAGGCUCUCUGCAGUCCACCUAAUACACAUCUUUCCAAACCCAGGCCACAGUUGUGCACUCACUGUUCAUCUCAAAGGCGUCUGGAGUUCUGUCUUUCAUUUGUGUCGUAGCUAUAAAAAUAUGGCCAAAACAACAUGCCUUGAAUUUUCUGAAUAUAAGUGUAGACUGGUAUACCUUCUUCCCUCCUUUACUUCCUUAUCAGACUGCAUAUUGCACAGUACCUUUUGAGUACUUAAUUGUAAUAUAUAUAUUUGCAAACGGUUUUAAUAAAAGAACUAGGUUAA